AUGCUGGCCAGCGGCUACACGGGUCCAGCAGAAAUUGCCGGGACAAUUGCAAAGUUGUUUCCAAGCAACAGAAAUGAGGUCUAUAUUCUGGAUGUGUCUGCUGGAACAGGACUUUGUGCAGACAAGGUCUACUCUCAAGGUUUUCUCAAAAUUGACGCCUUGGAACCGUCGAAUGAAAUGCUGGAUGAAGCAAGAAAGAAGGGCAUAUAUAGUCGCUACUUCGUUGACGGUUUAGGAGAAAAUACCCUGGACAUCGCAAAUGGUGGUUACAUUAUCAAUGCUACUCUACACAGUCUCUUCCCAGCCGAUGGGGAUGCAACAGCAGCGCUUUUUCGAGAAAAUAUCAAGACACUGGAAUCUGAAGGGAAAUGGAACCAAGUGGAAUUUAGACGUCUUUCUCAGGCCGUUCUUGGAGAGGAUGGGGCACUCUCAGUUCACAAGGUCCUUUAA